AUGUCGUCGUCGUCGGUAAUAGGAUCGCACGGCGCCGGCGGUCGGUGUAAACUGAAGCCGCACCUGGAUGAGAAAGCAACCAAAACUCUCAACCUCACGGUGCUGCAGAGAAUGGACCCAUUCAUCAGCGAGAUUCUCAUGACCGUUUCUUUCGUCACCUUCUACAAGUUCGACGUCGAUGCUACCCAAUGGAACCGCAAGGAUGUUGAAGGGACUCUCUUUGUAGUCAAGAGGAACACUCAGCCGCGGUUCCAAUUCGUUGUUAUGAAUAUACGGAGGGAAGAAAAUCUUGUGGAGAAUCUCUUGCAAAAUUUCGAGUUUGAAGUUCGACUUCCAUAUCUAUUAUAUCGAAAUGCUGCCCAAGAAGUCAAUGGUAUUUGGUUCUACAAUUCACAUGAAUGCAAGGAAGUUUCAAACCUCAUUACUAGGAUACUGAAUGCACAUUCGAAGGUUCCUCCAAAGCCACAAGUGUCCUCAAGUAAAAGUAAGUUUGAGGAACUUGAAGCAGUCCCUACCAGUUCAGUGAUCGAAGGGCCACUAGAACAAUCAUAUAUUGCUUCUACUUCUUCAGAUCUACACAAUGACUCUUCCUUUGUGAACUUGUUUAGUAGAGCUAUGCAUAUAGGAAAUGAGUCUUCAAAAGUGAAAAAUCCUUCUCUCAACCUUCCUCCCACAUUUCCUCCAUCUUCCUGUGUUCUUGGUGCUGGUCCUUCCGCUCCAACUUUGCUAGCUCCAUCACUUACAGUAUCAGUUCCAUCAACUGAUCCAAUGUCAUCACUUCAUGCUGCCGGUGAACCAAGCAAAAGUCGUAAUCAGGUUCUCAAUCUAGUCAAGCCCUCAUCUUUCUUUUCACCCCCUUUAACAUCUACGUUUUUUACACCAGCUACCUCAUCUAUUCCAACUACUGCUAUUCAUCUUCCCUCGAGUAUCCACCGGCCCCAUGGUUCUACAACGCUUAAACCUUUCCGACCUACACCACCAGCAACUCUUACCCCUGAUUCCGUUUCUGUUCCAAAUUAUGGACCUCUAAGCAGGGAAAGAGUUCGGGAUGCACUUUUGAUGCUAGCUCAGGACAAUCAAUUCAUUGACAUGUUUUACAAAGCAUUGCUGAAAGUGCAUCAAUUCAUUGUUUACAUAAAAUGUUGGGAGUUAGCAGUUUCAUCUUCCACAGAAAGGGUUGUGUCUUGCUUGGUAGGGUCGACGUGUCUUGGAAUUAGCAUUGGUUAG